CAAGCGAGCUCACAUCGUGUUAGCCAGGGCUACACACGGGACAUCAUGUCUACCAACAGUCUGCAGAGUCUAGCCAUCAUGUCGGCGGUCAUGGGGACCGUGUCAUACGUGGUUGGUGUUAUUCCGUUGUCGAUCGCAUUAUCUAGAAAACACCUGUCGAUCCUGUCUAGCUUGGGUACGGGACUGCUCAUAGGCACGGCUCUAGGCGUCGUUAUACCCGAGGGUGUCGAGGAAAUUGCGAGAAGCAACUCAGAUCAGACCACUUUUUCUAUCCGGGUUGGCACCGCUUAUUUUUCAUCUCAUGCGGCGACCACGCUACUACUCCCACGCCAUCAAGUUCAUGGGGCCGCAGCGCAGGGGGAUACCUUCCAAAUCGAUCUGGAGGAGCUCGAGCGCGAACAGGGCAUAAGCGUACCCUCUGUAGGUUCGAGACCACCACCCGCCGGCCCGCGCCACUUUGGAAGCGAUGAUGCAUUCCGUCGUGUAUUCCCGUUGUCUCUUGGUUUAGUCGUACAUGCCUUGGUCGAUGGGUACGCUCUGGGCGUUUCUUCCACCGCUGACGAAGGUUCCUCUGUCUUAUCGUUCAUCGUUUUUCUUGCAAUUAUCGUCCAUAAAGCACCCACUGCACUUGCUCUCACGACGUCACUCCUUUCUAGAUCGCUGCCUGUCAUGGAAUGCAAGAAACACUUGCUGGCCUUCAGUCUCGCAACACCCGUCAGCGCAAUACUUUCCUACCUGUUAUUCUCCUUGCCGUUCAUGAACCAGAGACUCGGUCCAGGUGUUCCAUUGUUAUUCAGUGUAAGUUUCUUCCUCCAUGUCAUUUUUGAGAAAGAAAGAAAAAGGUAUAUAAUAUGGCUGAUUUUUUAUUAACCAGGGGGGAACUUUUCUUUAUGU